AUGAUUCGUUUAAAUCUUCUUGUUUAAACACUGAAUUCAAAUGUUUAAACACACUUAAAAGUGAAAUGGUGAUGACUAAGGCUAAAGGUAUUCAAGAAUUUGGAUUACAAGAACUGUUGAAUACCGGAUUAAAACCAGAUGAUGCCAAAUCUCUUCAAAUCGAGCUUAAACACGCCAUUGAUUGCACUUCUAGCUCCAACCCAGUUGAGUUAUGGCGCCACAUCACUUCUCGAAGGUUGCUCAAACCAUCUUACCCUCAUUCUCUGCAUCGAUUCAUCUACAAUGCGGUGUACGCCGACUACGAUGAGACAAUCCAUGGCCCUCCACUCUAUUGGUUCCCUUCCCACAUUGAUUCUAAAAGGACAAACUUGGGGAGAAUUAUGGAAACCCAUGGUGGAAAGCUUCUAGGAGCAGCUUACAAGGAUCCUAUAACAAGUUUUAAACAAUUUCAGAAGUUUUCUGUUCAACAUCCAGAGGUUUACUGGUCGAUAGUCUUGGAAAAGCUUUCAAUCCGAUUUCAUCAACCUCCAAAAUGUAUAUUGGAUACCUCUGAUGAAUCAAAACUCGGUGGCACUUGGCUUCCUGGUUCCAUUUUGAACAUUGCCGAGUGUUGUUUGCUAUCAGCAAGCGAAACAGAUAAAGAAAAUGAAAGCAUUGCAAUUGUAUGGAGGGAUGAAAGAUUCGAUAAUUCUGAUGUAAACAGGAUGACAUUAAACGAACUGCGACACCAAGUAAUGUUGGUUGCAAAUGCAUUAAAGGGCUUGUUUACAAAGGGAGAUCGGAUUGCAAUUGACAUGCCAAUGACAGUCACUGCAGUUAUUAUAUAUUUGGCAAUUGUAUAUGCUGGAUUAGUGGUUGUAUCAAUAGCUGAUAGCUUUGCGGCAAAGGAGAUUGAAACACGAUUGCGGGUUUCUAAAUCAACAGCUAUCUUCACUCAAGAUUACAUUGUUAGAGGUGGUCGACGAUUUCCUUUGUACAGCCGUGUUGUUGAAGCCACUCCAAUUAGAGCCAUUGUUGUACCUGCCAUCGGAGAAAAUAUAGACAUCAAACUAAGAAAACAGGAUAUCUCUUGGCAAGAUUUCCUUUCUGGUGCACAACACCUUCCUAGGCCAGAUUAUUGUGAUCCAGUCUAUCAAUCGGUAGACGCGCUGACAAACAUUCUCUUUUCUUCAGGAACAACAGGUGAUCCGAAAGCUAUACCAUGGAAUCAAAUUUCUCCCAUUCGAAGCUGUGCUGACUCAUGGGGGCCUAUGGAUCUUCAGGCUGGAGAUGUUUUCUGUUGGCCCACGAAUUUGGGAUGGGUUAUGGGACCGGCAUUGCUCUAUACUUGUUUUCUGAGUGGUACAACACUAGCUCUUUAUCAUGGCUCUCCGCUAGGUCCUGGUUUCGGAAAAUUUGUUCAGGAUGCAGGAGUGACACAUUUGGGCACUGUUCCAAGUCUAGUCAAGUCUUGGAGAAGUACAAGAUGUAUGGAAGGGCUGGAUUGGACAAAGAUCAAGGUAUUUGGGUCUACUGGUGAAGCCUCCAAUGUUGAUGAUGACCUUUGGCUAUCUUCGAGGGUUUAUUACAAACCCAUCCUUGAAUGUUGUGGGGGUACCGAGCUCGCAUCAUCUUACAUGCAAGGGAAUCUUCUACAGCCACAAGCCUUCGGAGCUCUUAGCUCUGCUUCAAUGACAACGGGUUUUGUGGUUCUUGAUGAUCAAGGAGUUCCUUACCCAGAUGAUCAACCCUGUGUUGGUGAAGUGGGCUUAUUUGCUCUGUAUAUGGGAGCAACCGAUAGACUGCUUAAUGCAAAUAACGAAGAAGUUUACUUUAAGGGAAUGCCAGUUUACAAAGGAAAGAAACUCAGGAGACAUGGAGACAUCCUCAAGAGAACGAUCGGAGGCUAUUUUUUUGUACAAGGCAGGGCUGAUGAUACCAUGAACCUUGGAGGCAUAAAGACAAGCUCGAUUGAGAUCGAGCGGGUUUGUGAGCAGGCUGAUGGAACCAUCAUGGAAACGGCUGCAGUCAGUGCUGCACCUGCAAUCGGUGGUCCAGAACUGUUAGCCAUAUUCGUGGUACUAAAGAAGGGGUUCAACGCUGAACCGGAGAAGCUGAAGAUGAUAUUUUCGAAGGCCAUUCAAAGAAACCUCAACCCAUUGUUCAAGGUGAGCUUCGUCAAGAUUGUCCCAGAGUUUCCUCGAACCGCUUCUAACAAGUUACUGAGGAGAGUUUUAAGGGAUCAAAUGAAGGAGGAGCUUCGCGUUCGCAGCAAAAUGUAACCAUGGUCUUAACUACUGGUAUACGGUCGAUCAUUGCUGUUUAAAUAAAUGUAAAACAUUGGCAUUUUCGACUGCAAGUAGACGUAUCUCGUUCUGUUGACACCUUAUUUUCUCGAUAUAUAAGAGGUUUUUAUAACGUUUACUAU